GGAUACCCUAAAAUUGCCCUUUCUUAACUUUGCACAAGUACGAAAUUCGUGAAACAUGGCAGAAAGACGAAAACAUGUGCAGUGUAACAAAAUAAACAAUAAUAACAUGUUAAUUACCGAUUGUAAACUUGGCAGAAAUUAAAUUUUAAGGUGCAGCUUUUGCUUUAAAUAAUCCUGCCGAACAUAGCAACAGCACAUUCCUGAAACUAUAUCCAAACUGAGCAGACGUCUUCAAUUCCUUUGUUAUUGGUUAUUAUUGUAAAUUGUGAUAAAAAUGAUAUUUGAAUGUUUUCUCGCGAUUGCUGGAAUUAUAUUAAUCUUGAUCUCAGCAUCAUACAUUAACAUAAUUUAUAAUUGCAAAUGCAAGGUAAUUGUUAAAAACACAUUGAAAAAUGGCGGAGAAAUCAAGCAGAAAUUUAUGCAAGCACCUGGGCCACAUCCCUGGCCAAUUAUUGGCAACCUGGAUAUAAUUGGACGAUUUGACAACACUUUCGAAGGAUUCGGAGCAUUGGCGCAACAAUAUGGAGACAUUUAUUCACUGACACUUGGUCACACUCGCUGCCUGAUCGUCAACAACUUGGAGCUCAUACGAGAGGUGCUCAAUAAGAAUGGCAAAUUCUUUGGCGGUCGCCCCGACUUUCUGCGGUAUGAUAAGCUAUUUGGUGGCGAUCGAAAUAAUUCGCUUGCUCUCUGCAAUUGGUCACAGUUACAAAAGAAACGCAGGAACUUGGCACGGCGACAUUGCUCUCCCCGGGAGUCGACCGCGUAUUACACCAAAAUGUCAACUGUAGGCUGCCAUGAGAUCGAUGAACUGAUGGCCAAGUUAAGGCAUGAUAUUGUGCCCGGCAAAUCCAUCGACAUCAAGCCGAUACUUCACGCUGCCUGUGCAAAUAUGUUUAGCCAAUACAUGUGUUCCAAGCGCCACGAUUAUGAUGAUGAAGAGUUCAAACAGUUUGUGCAUUUCUUCGACGAGAUUUUCUGGGAGGUGAACCAAGGGCAUCCACUAGAUUUUCUGCCCUGGCUCCUGCCCUUCUAUGGAGAUCACAUAAGACGCCUUCGUUAUUGGUCUCAAGCUAUACGUCAAUUUAUUCUGGAACGUAUUGUCAAUGAGAGGGAAUUAAAUAUUGAUCCUGAUGCCCCAGACAAUGAUUUUACAGAUGUGCUGCUCAAAAGUUUAAAUGAAGAUAAAAAUAUGUCUCGCAAUACGAUUAUUUUUAUGCUGGAAGACUUUCUAGGCGGCCAUUCAGCUGUUGGCAAUUUAGUUAUGCUCACCCUAACCUAUAUUGCUAAAGAUCCGACUAUUGCAGAAAGAAUUCAACGUGAAGCAGAUCAAGCAACGCAUAAUGGAGUACGGAGCAUUGGUCUACAUGAUAUGGACGCUAUGCCCUAUACUAUGGCUACCAUAUACGAAGUAUUGCGGUAUUCAUCUUCGCCAAUUGUUCCCCAUGUUGCUACCGAAGAUUCCGUUAUAGCGGGAUUUGGUGUGACUAAAGGAACUAUUGUAUUCAUCAAUAACUAUGUACUGAAUAUGAGCAACGAAUAUUGGAAGAAUCCGGAAAAAUUUGAACCUGAACGAUUUCUGGAAAUUAAAUUAAACAAUUCAGAGAAAACUCUUGACGGUCGAGUGCAAUUUCAACUCAGGAAGAACCUUUCACAUUUUUUGCCAUUUAGCAUUGGAAAACGUACUUGCAUUGGACAAAAUUUGGUUCGUGCCUUUGGGUUUAUUUUGUUAACUAACAUUUUAUUGCGCUACGAUAUAAAGUGUCCCGACUUGACCAUGAUCAAGAUUAAUCCGGCUAGCUUGGCUUUACCCGCUAACUGUUUUCCUCUCCAAUUGACUCCAAGACCUAAGGAAUAAAACAUAUAUUAAGUAUUUUCAAUAUUGUAUGUUAAAUAAAAUAAUUGUGCUCAUUCGAA